AUCCAUAAACCUCAACAUCGGUUUACACAAUCACUCAUCUUCUCUUUUUUGUAAUAUAAAUCUUCUUAUAUCAGCACAUCAUAUAAAAAAAAAAGUGUUAUAAUUAUCCAUGGCUUUGCAGAAACAUCUUUUAGUGAUUCUCUUAGCUUGUUUAAUCAGCUCUUGUUAUGCUUAUCAAUUCUAUGUUGGUGGAAGAGCUGGUUGGGUUCCUAAUCCAUCUGAAAAUUACAACCACUGGGCUGAACGAAUGAGAUACCAAGUCAAUGACACUCUUGUGUUCAAGUACAAGAAAGGAUCAAACUCAGUGUUAGUGGUAAACAAGGAUGAUUAUGACAAGUGCAACACAAAUAAUCCUAUCAAGAAGAUGGAUGAUGGCAAUUCAAUUUUCAAGUUUGAUCAUUCUGGUCCUUUUUUUUUCAUUAGUGGAAAUAAAGAUGAUUGUGAAAAAGGAUCACAAAAAUUAAUUGUUGUUGUUUUAGCUAUUAGACCUCCUCCUCCUCCUCCUCAUACUCCUACUACACCACCCUCAACCCCGGGAAAAUCUCCGGCGACAUCUCCCGUGGUGUCGCCCGCAACAUCUCCGAUAAGCCAACCGCCUUCUUCAUCACCCGUAAAUUCCCCAUCUCCAGCAACAUCUCCUGUGGUGUCGCCCGCAACAUCUCCGGUGAGCCACCCCCCAACUUCAUCACCCGGAAAUUCUCCAUCUCCGGCGACUUCUCCGGCAGGGUCACCGGAAAAUGCUCGAUCUCCGUCCACUUCUCCGGCGGGGUCACCGGAGAAUGGUCCGACUCCGGCAACAUCUACGGCGCCGGCGAAUUCUCCGGCAACAUCACCUUCUUCAUCACCAUCGGGGGCAAUAAUUUCACCAUCGCCAUCGAGUGGUUCAUCUUCGUCGUCCCCGAGUUCGUCGCCCCCAGGAUCAGCGGGGAAGUCGCCGCCGGGAAGUGUUGCUCCGCCGCCCGGCGCCGGCGGAAACAGUCCGCCGGCGGAUAUUCAGUCCCCCACUGGAUCAAAGAACUCAGCAGUAAAAGCAUUUACUACCACUACAACUGUUUUAGUGUCAAUUAUUUUGACUAUAAUUAUUUCUGCUUAGUGGAAAAAUAGACAAAAAUAAAGUUAGUAGAAAAUAAAAAAUUGUUUUUGUUUUUCCUUUCUAUAUUUGUGUUGUUUGAUUCUUGGUACAUUGAAUUACUGGGAGGUUUAGAUGUACAAAGGAGUGUUUUUUAUUUUUAUCUUUUGUUGUUUUGUGAUUGGCAUGAAGUUGAUUUCAUGAGAGUAUAUAAUCAAGUUUUUGUUCUUGUUAUUAAAAA